AUGGUGCAGUGUCGCACUUUUUUAUGGCAAUUAUGCCUCCUAUCAAUUCCUCUCGCAUCAGCCCUGACUGUUCCUCAGAAGGUUCUGGCAGAGGGUAAUGAUGUGUCCGAACUCACGGAUGAUGAGCUCAUGUUUAACACUACGGACAUCAGUAUCUCCUCUUUUGAUGCCAGAUCAUGCGAUAACUGGGAUCCUACUACAUGGGACUACGAUGUAGCCAUCGUUGGAGGUGGACCCGCUGGUCUCGCAGCUUCAAUGUCCUUGGGCCGAGUAGCUCGGACGUCCCUCAUGUAUGAUUCAAACGAAUACCGCAACGGGCAAACUCGAUAUAUGCACGAUGUGCUGGGUCAAGAUGGUCAGGUUCCACUUAAAUUCCGAAUUGCGGCUCGAAGUCAGAUUGAUCAAUAUUACGGCGACUAUUCCUUCCGUACAACUCUUGGGAGAAAAGUCACAUAUAUCCAACCUCUCGCAAAGGGAUUUCGUAUAUUUGAUGACAAGGGAGGGAAGAUCCUCGCCCGGAAGGUUAUUCUAGCCACUGGAAUCACUGAUAUACUUCCUAACAAGCCUGGAUUUUCUGAAGCCUUCGGAAAAGGUCUAUUCUGGUGUCCCUGGUGCGAUGGGUUUGACUAUAAGGGGCGUGCCAUGGUUAUCUACGGGAAGCCUGGAAAAUUCGCCAGCGCAAUUGGAGGUGCUUUGAAUAUGCGGAAACUUACAACCAAUAUCCAAAUCGUUACUGGGGGGAAGCUUACGGACGAGGACAAGAAGGCCGCGGAAGAGAGAUGGCCUGGAUGGGAAAAGGUCAUUAAGGGAACCUAUGGAAUCAAAGUGCACGAAGUCGACAUCACCAAGCUUGAAAGAACUGCAAAAGGAAAUGAGCCCUCAGAUGACGAGUAUAAACUCACUCUUAGCGGCUCCCCGAACACACUCGUCACCAACGGAAUUCUGUAUAGCACGGACACAAAGCAGACAUCGGAUUUGUACAAACAACUCCAUUUGCAAAUGGAUGGAUCGUCGGUCAAGGUUGCAACCAAUAUGGAAACAAGUGUCGGUGGCAUUUAUUCUGUUGGUGAUGCCAACAAUGACGGUAGCACCAAUGCAUACCAUGCCAUGUGGAGUGCAAAGCGUGCAGUGGUCAACGCUCAUGUUGCACUGAGCAAGGAAGAAUACCUUGAGAAUGUCCCUGUGGUCAUGGUCGCGGCGGAAGGUGGCGACGAGGAGUUCUACCAACGCCAAAUCGAUGAGCUCCAAUGGACCAUUGGCAAUGAUAUCGAGGAGCUUUACAAGACCCUUGGCGCCUAA